UAAGGGGCGGCGAGCCCAGGUCGGACUUCCUCGGAGCCUGGUGAUCGGCGACGCUCCCACCUUCGCCUCUAACUCUCUGCCGCCACCCUGCCCAGUGUCCUCCGGAUCCCGGACCCGAGCACGAUGUGGAAACGCUGGCUGGCGCUCGCGCUGGUGGCCAUCGCCCUGGUCCACGGCGAGGAGGAACCAAGAAGCAAAUCCAAGAUCUGCGCCAAUGUGUUUUGUGGAGCUGGCCGGGAAUGUGCCGUCACAGAGAAGGGGGAGCCCACGUGCCUCUGCAUUGAGCAAUGCAAACCUCACAAGAGGCCUGUGUGUGGCAGUAAUGGCAAGACCUACCUCAACCACUGUGAACUUCAUAGAGACGCCUGCCUCACUGGAUCCAAGAUCCAGGUUGAUUAUGAUGGGCACUGCAAAGAAAAGAAGUCUGCAAGUCCAUCCGCCAGCCCGGUUGUCUGCUAUCAAGCUAACCGUGAUGAGCUCCGACGGCGCCUCAUCCAGUGGCUGGAAGCCGAGAUCAUUCCAGAUGGCUGGUUCUCUAAAGGCAGUAACUACAGUGAGAUCCUAAACAAGUACUUUAAGAGCUUUGAUAAUGGCGACUCUCACCUGGACUCCAGUGAAUUCCUGAAAUUCGUGGAGCAGAAUGAAACAGCCAUCAACAUCACCACUUAUGCGGAUCAGGAGAACAACAAACUGCUCAGAAGCCUCUGUGUUGAUGCCCUCAUUGAACUGUCCGAUGAGAACGCUGACUGGAAACUCAGCUUCCAAGAGUUCCUCAAGUGUCUCAACCCAUCCUUCAACCCUCCUGAGAAGAAGUGUGCCCUGGAGGAUGAAACCUAUGCAGAUGGAGCAGAGGCUGAGGUGGACUGCAACCGCUGUGUCUGUUCCUGUGGACACUGGGUCUGCACAGCAAUGACCUGUGACGGAAAGAAUCAGAAGGGGGUCCAGACCCACACAGAGGAGGAGAAGACAAGAUUUGUCCAGGAGCUCCAGAAGCACCAGGGCACAGCCGAAAAGACCAAGAAGGUGAACACCAAAGAGAUCUAAGAAGAGGCACCGAGCACCGCGUCCUCUUCGGCGCCGAGCCCAGUACACACAGAGUCUGCAGCAAUCACCAAAUCACCAGUAUUUGCUUGUAUGGCAGCGAAUCUUAUUUUUGUUUGUUUCGCAGUAAAGGAAAUGAGGGUGGCCAGCUAGCGAGGGAAGGCCACAACCUUCA